AUGUCGCAGAGAUUGGAGUUCAAGGUUAGCGACGAAUUUCCAAGUUGUCGAUUUGCCGACACUCCGGGGCUGGCAGAUCCUGAACUUGCCGAAGUGGCUGCAGCAGCCAUUACAGAAGCACUUCGAGAUGCGUCGGUGAAAGGGCGUGACGUGAAACUUUUCUUCGUCGUGCCAAGCGAGGCAGGCCGCAUCACUGCCGAGCAUCUCUUCACCAUCCGAAAGGUAGUGCAGUCCAUAACCCUGCCGGAUGAUUCACAGCCGGGUGUCAACUCGUACGGUGUUAUCGUGAACAAGUGCGACAGCAUCUCGCAAGAGCAUCAGGAGCAGGUCAACAAAGGCUUCGCGUUGAAAAGCCAUCGUGUGCCCGUGCCAACCGGUUACACAAUAUUCCUCAGGCGCGUGGAAGAAUUGAGCGGUAAGGACAAUGCCCGGUACGAGUUCCCGGGGCUCAAGGAGUUUGUGCUCGACUUUCCGGGCUUUGGCGUCAAGAAAGCUGCGGAGAUCAAUGUUGAGGACCUGGACACACAGCUGGAGCAGUUCCAAAGAUCCGCAGCUGAAGAAUUCAAAAAACUUACUAAGAUGCAUGGGGAAGAGCGGGAACGAUUUGAGCUGCAGGCCGUGGAAAGUGCCAAGGCUCUUAAAGAAGAUCUUGAAAAGAAGUUGAAUGAGCAACGCCUACUGUUUGAGAAGAAGACGCAAGAGCUUCAUGCCGAGAUCCAGAGACGAUCGGAUGAAAACGCUGAUUUGCUUGCGAAAAUGCAGGAGCAAGCUAGGUUGCAGGCUGAGGCAGAAGCAAGCUUUUUGAAGCAGCUUGAAAAGAUGGACAAGCAGGCAGAGGAACAAAGCAGACGGCAGGAGGCGGAACGGGCGCACCUGCGCAAACUCUUGGAGGAACAGAAACAGAAGGAGGCCGAAGAGCAAGAAAAGGCCAGAAGGGAGCAUGCAGAUCUACGAAAACUACUGGAGGAGCAGGAGAAGAGGGCAGAGAAGGAAAGUCAAGCCAGAGCAAAGGAGAAGAAAGAAGCGGAGGAGAAGCAGGCAAGAGAGGCACCGAAUCUAUUGCGAGACGACCUCGUCAUGGUCGUUCAGAGCAUCGUCUCACACUCCCCAUCAAGAAACAACAAACAGUUCGACAUACAGAUCAAGCGUGCAGGUAAGUUGGCGCAAAAGUCGUUGGUCAAGAAGUGGCCUGCUGCGAAAUUCUCCGGCUUUGCUAGGUUCUUCGAUUUGAUUUGUAGAGACGAUUCGUACAGUGGUUAUGAGCUGAACGAAGAUCGCAUCGGCAAGCUUGCGCGGUUCAUGCUCGACAAGGGGGACUUGCGUGCAAGUUCAGGCACUGAACCAUCUUCGGAUUCUGCAACAUCUUCGGAUUGA